AUGGAAUCGGCUUCUUUGUCUCAGCCUUUGCCGUCGUACUCGUCUCCUGCGGCUUCUCGCACGCUGCCUACUCAUGUUCUAGAAGUGGAUGAUGGAAAUUCACAUGAUGCACCAAGUCGAAGUAACCGCCGCAGUGGCGCCGGACUUGCGCGUCUGAGAGAUCGUGUCGAGGAUCGAAUAUCGAGAAGACCUGUGCUGUCGUCGCCUCGUCCGGUCGUUGAUACCAACCCCACGGCUGAUGGGCCACGAGGUCCUUACGCUCAACUCGACUCUGCAGAAAGGCAUGGUGGUGGUGUUCGACAUCGUCCAGUGGGGUGGUGGGGGCAUUUCGCACACUGGUGGCGCGAACUACUGAGCUUCGACUCGCCUUACCGAUCGUCUGGCUCCGUCCUGCGGGCGAAAGCUUACAGAAAGAAGCUCAUCACCCUUGUCGCUUCGGCGGCUUUCCUCAUUGUCGUCCUCGCAGUCUUCCUGGCAUUUUCGGUCGCCAACUCCAACCUCGGCCAGGAGCUCUACAUCCUCUUGAUUUUCAUGCUCCUGAUCCUAUCGAUUGUCUUCUUUCACUCGUUGAUCCGCUUCUUCAUGGCUAUCGGGCGAGGGUCACAGCUCACCGGUAAUCACAUACCGCACAAUGUAGGACCAUCUGGUUACGCCCAGCCAGAGCGGCCCAUCCCCGUCGUUCUCGCAGGGGACGAAGAACUCCUCGCAGAGAGCCAUCGUUCCGCUCAAGAAAAAGUCCCUCCCCCUCCACCGGCCUACGGUCUCUGGAGAAGUAGCGUGAGAAUCAACCCCGACCUGCUUUACUGGCAGCGCGUGGAGGAGCGCGCGCGCUCGUCCAAAAAGGCGGAUAGAGCCUCGAGAGGUGCACAUAAGACCACUGCGCCCCGGCCGCCAAGCUAUACCUCUGACGACGGGGUCGACUAUGUGGUUGAUGCGCAACCUCGGUCGUUGGCGCAACAGCCUGGACCGGAAGAUACAGUGCGACACUAG